GGGCCUCCCAGCCAACAUUCAGCUGGAUGUGGACGGAGACAGAGAAGCUGAGAGAAUCUACUGCCUGUUCAGCACGUACAUGAACAAACUGGUCAACAUGCAAGAGGCCUGUGGCAGUAGAUCAGUAUAUGACGGCCCAGAGCAGGAGGAGUAUUCCAGCUUCCUCAUCGACGAUCCCCGGGAGACCUAUAAGACCCUGAGAGUCAUCAUCUCCUCUGUUCAGACACUGGAGCAGCAGCACACCAAGUACAAACGAGACAUGUUCAGGAAGACCAAGAUCGGCAGCCAGGAUCAUCCAAUCGGAGACAAGAGUUUGUGUUACAUCCACCAACAGUCUGAGAGCUCCACCUACUCCAUCUAGCCCCGCCCACCAACCACUGCCAUGAAGCGCAGAGCUCCGCCCCCGAUGACCUGAGACCUAGCAACACUUCCUGGUUACUCCUGGUCCACGGCUUCCCAUGGUGCAUCUUUCAGAACACGGACACUCAGAGCCGAGGUCUAAUGGGGUAGAAUAGUCUAUGAUGAUGUGCUACAAUACAAUGCUCUGGACUGUUGGUGUACCAGUGACCACGCACUUUAACCCGCCCCACAACGGACAUAAAGCUACUGCCUCAGCACGUUCUGAAACAAUCUUAUUUUAUUGUUCAUGUUUUUGUAAUGUUUGAUAACAAAAUGGUUUAAGUGGUUUAUUCCUGGUGUGAAAACAACCGAUUCCUUUGUAUUUCAAGUCACACGGACCAAACUCUAGGUUGAAAGACUGUUCACUUGGGGUCACAUCCGACUAUGUAUGUGUUGAACCCCCCCCCCCCCCGCACUCCUUCCAGGGAAAGAUGAUGACAGAGGGAGGAGACGGGCAGGUCAUCAGUCAGCGACCGCGACCAUGAGGACCCCUAGCUGUUCAUCUAACUGAUUGGUGCAGCCUUCAUUUACAAUCUGGAUCGUCCUGUUUUAAUUGUUUAAGAGUUGUAGUGUUUAAUUCCGAGCCUGGUUCUGCUUUUGGUAGUUCUCUGCUGCCUCCUGGUCUGGGUCAGAACCCUGCUGCCUCCUGUCCCUGGGUCAGAACUCUGCUGCCUCCUGGUCUGGGUCAGAACUCUGCUGCCUCCUGGUCUGGGUCAGAACCCUGCUGCCUCCUGGUCUGGGUCAGAACCCUGCUGCCUCCUGGUCUGGGUCAGAACUCUGCUGCCUCCUGGUCUGGGUCAGAACUCUGCUGCCUCCUGGUCUGGGUCAGAACUCUGCUGCCUCCUGGUCUGGGUCAGAACUCUGCUGCCUCCUGGUCUGGGUCAGAACUCUGCUGCCUCCUGUCCCUGGGUCAGAACCCUGCUGCCUCCUGUCCCUGGGUCAGAACUCUGCUGCCUCCUGGUCUGGGUCAGAACUCUGCUGCCUCCUGGUCUGGGUCAGAACUCUGCUGCCUCCUGGUCUGGGUCAGAACUCUGCUGCCUCCUGGUCUGGGUCAGAACCCUGCUGCCUCCUGGCCUGUACCCUGUCCCUGGGUCAGAACUACAAAUCCCAGUUGUGUAUGCAUUCCCUCAGAUUUCUCCUGCUGUGAAUCUAGUUAAUGGUCAGGUCCAGGGCCUAUGGAAGGUACGGGCCAUUAUGGUUCACUCUCUGCAUUGUGGGAAACCAACUAAACUAACCUGGUGACUGGUUGCUAUGUCCAAAGCAACAGAACUAACCCGGUGACUGGUUGCUAUGUCCAAAGCAACAGAACGAACCCGGUGACUGGUUGCUAUGUCCAAAGCAACAGAACGAACCCAGUGACUGGUUGCUAUGUCCAAAGCAACAGAACGAACCCGGUGACUGGUUGCUAUGUCCAAUGCAACAGAACUAACCCGGUGACUGGUUGCUAUGUCCAAAGCAAC